CGCGACUUCGGCUUGAGGUUCGAAAUUUGCGCAUUGCGAAUGAGGCUGUAGAUAUGAGUGUCGUACCUCACGACAUCUUUGGUUUCUCAUCAGCCUGUGCUUCAGUCAUUACCGAUCAUGAAGGGCUCGUUCUUCUCUUUCACUUCUGCUCUUGUCUGCCUGUGUGCCGGACCGACCGUCUUGCGAGCACAAAGUGCGGACCCAACAUGCCGUUAUCUGCCUGGCGAUGAAGGCUGGCCCAGCGCAGAGGAAUGGUCUCAAUUGAACGCCAGUGUAUCUGGUCGCCUUAUCGCCACCAUCCCACAAGGCCAUGUGUGUCACGACCCGACGUACGAUGCGAGUGCAUGUGCAGAGCUCGAGCAGAUGUGGUCUUUGCCGCAAUCCCACUUCGACGACCCGUCGGGCUUCAUGUCCGCAUACCAUCAGAACGCGAGCUGCGAUCCGUAUACGCCUCGGAACACGACUUGCAGGCAGGGAAAUUACGUCGAGUAUGCGAUUGAGGUGCUGGAAGCGGAGGACGUGAUUGCAGGAUUGAAGUUUGCGCAGGAAAAGAAUGUGAGGCUGGUAGUUAAGAAUACUGGUCAUGACUACUUGGGCAAGUCCACCGGUAAAGGAGCGCUUAGCCUGUGGAUGCACAACCUCAAGUCCAUCUCUUUCUCUAAUUACACCAGCGAACCGUACACCGGCCCCGCAGUGAAGAUGGGCGCCGGCGUGCAAGCCUUCGAAUUGUAUGAAGCAGCCGACAAGAUGGGCCUGCAAGCUCUAGGCGGCGAAUGCAUUACUGUAGGUGUUGCAGGCGGAUACACGCAAGGCGGUGGCCAUUCGUUCCUGGGUGGAAAACACGGCAUGGGCGCCGACCAAACCCUGGAAUGGGAAGUCGUCACCGCAAACGGGACGCUCGUGACCGCCACUCCCACCCAGAAUUCAGACCUCUACUGGGCACUGAGUGGCGGUGGAGGCGGCACCUACGGUGUGGUUGUCUCCUUAACCGCGAAAGCGUAUCUAGAUAGCAUCGUCGGAGGCGCAAGCCUCGCCUUUACGGACCCAACUAUCGAUCCUGACACGCUCUGGGACACCAUAGCAUUCUUUCUUGAGACUGGACUCCCUGCAAUUACCGACGCCGGCGCGCAUGUCCAGUGGUAUGUUGCCGGUCCAGUCUUCGGGGUCACGGUGGCCACCAUUCCGGGCGCAACAGAGGACGACAUGCGCGAAGCCUUCGCCCCGUUCACGGAGUACCUCGACAGCCACUCGAUUGCGUACCAAAUGAACGUGACGUUGUUCCCCUCCUUCCUCCAGCACGCAGACCACUACAGCGGCCCUCUCCCCUAUGGCACGAUACCAGCAGCCCAACUCCAAGGCGGUAUUUUCUUCCCGCGCAGUGGUGUCGCCUCCAACGGCACCGCCCUCAUCUCCAUCCUCCGCAACGUCACAACUUCCACAAACUUCUACAUCGCGCCCUACGCCCUGGAUGUCUCCCGCGCACCUUCUUCCCCUAACGCCGUCAACCCCGCCUGGCGCGGUGCACUAGCCUACUUCAUGGUCAUACAGUUCUGGAACUACACCGUCCCUGUUAGCGUUAUGCAUGAGCAGGAGCGUAUACUCACCGAGGAGAUUAUGCCACCGUUGCAGGAGCUGGGGAGCGGUGCGUAUAUGAACGAGGCAGACGUCCACAAUCCGAGGUGGAGGGAAGAGUUCUAUGGGACAAACUUUGGGAAAUUGACGGAGAUUAAGAAGAAGUGGGAUCCGCAGGAUUUAUUUUAUGCGACGACGGCUGUGGGGAGUGAUGCAUGGAAAGUGGGAGGAGAUGGGAGAUUGUGUAGGGCUUGAGAGGGUGCGAAGCCGAGUGGUUCAGUACGUGUUCAAAUUCUCUAAUAUAUCCUGGAAAUUUGAAGGGAAACGACCGAGAGGUGCAUGGAUCGCGAAUAGUACGAAAGUAAGAGCUUCAUAUGUUUUAUACGCAUGACUGACUACAGGACAAGGGGCAGGAAGUGUAAUGACCGUGAAAAGAUAAAAUACAAGGGGAAUGGAUAGCCGCGAGAAAGUGGCCAAUUCGAUCAAAGUUGAAAAAGCAAGCAAUAGAGAAGAGAAAACCCAUAUCCGUCUCGCCGCAUUUACUUGUAAGGGAGAUGGCCGAGUUCUCCCCUAUCGUGGGAGCGGGCUUUGUAAUGUGGACGAAGCAAGCC